AUGGCUUAUGACACUGGUUACACAGAAAGGUACGUUGAUGUCCUGGAAAACAACCAGCAAGGCUAUAAACAGAACACGAAGGCGGCGCGGGGAUUCCUGGCCUCCCUCCUGCGGGAGUUCCCAAGGCCGCUGGGCGCGCAGGACGCCCUGCCUUGGAGUCCUCCGAGAAGGGGUGGCGCCCUCAGCCAGGCCGAGGCGCCUGCGGAGAUGGCGGAGUUGGCCCGCAGCUUCCUGGGCAGCAGGGAUGCGCCACCUCUUCUUGCAGCAUCUUUGAUUAACGCAGCAAUCAGUGAUCUGCUGCAGACAGAUCUUCGUGAUUUCAAAAAGCAGCAUAUGGAAGGGGAGGAAGCCGGAGACCCCGGGACAGCUUUCUUGCUUGACGGAGGACCUUUGCAGCACUGUUUCUUUAACAAGCUCUGGGAUGUUUGUUGCAAAUGGCAGAAGCAGCUACCACCACUGAAGCCUCUGGAACGCUACCUCCAGAUCUCCAUCCAUGCAACACGCAAUUCCCGCCGGAAGAUGGAGGACAGGCACGUUUCCCUUCCGGAAUUUAAUCAGCUCUUUGGCAUGACGGAUGGCGUGGAGAGAGCAUACUUUGCUGUGUUUGACGGUCACGGUGGAGUCGACGCCGCUAACUAUGCGGCAGCUCAUUUGCAUUUCAACAUCGCGCAUCACAAGGAGAUUGUGAAAAACCCAGCAGAGGCCUUGAAAGAUUCUUUCCAGAAAACAGACGAAAUGUUCCUUUCUAAAGCCAGAAGGGAGAAGCUGCGCAGUGGGAGCACCGGUGUGGCUGCCUUGAUUGUGGGGAACAAGCUACACGUUGCUUGGCUGGGGGACUCCCAGGUCAUGCUGGUGCAGAAGGGGAAAGCUGUAACCCUGAUGGAGCCUCAUAAGCCAGAGAGAGAGGAUGAGAGACAACGGAUUGAAGCCUUAGGAGGCUGUGUGACCUAUAUGGACUGCUGGCGUGUCAACGGGACCCUGGCUGUUUCCAGAGCGAUUGGUGACUUGUUCCAGAAACCUUAUAUCUCUGGCUGUGCGGACGGUGCAUCAUUUGAGUUGACGGGUGCCGAAGAUUAUGUGCUUCUAGCCUGUGACGGGUUCUUUGAUGCCAUCAGACCCUUUGAGGUGGUGGACCUCGUUCUGGAGCACUUAACCCAAAGCCAAGGGGAUGGCCUCAAGGCUGCUGAGAGGUUGGUGGCCGCAGCCAAAGAGAGUGGCUCCAGCGACAACAUCACCGUCCUGGUGGUGUUUUUAAGGGAGCCCCAGCAUGUCUUGGCUGACUGCCUCAGAGACCCCAGAAGCUGUUCCGCUGAGGAUUGUGCAGCAGACUCACCCUUUAACUUUUUCAGCUCUGAAAUGACAGGCUAGAAACAAUGACCAAAUCUGCUCAAAGUGCAACAUCCAAACGCAUGCAAGUAAAACAGGCCCCUUACCACUGGCGACAAAGACUGUUGAGUGGCGGACAAAAUGGCCCGACUUGAGUGUCCAGAUUUUCACUGCAAAGAUGGGCAACCAGCAUCUGGAAUGCGCAGCGUCAGUGCAGAUGAAGGUUCACCUGACUGUUCUCCACACGUCUUUUCCUCUCUCCCUCACCCCCAUGGAAAACUAACAUAUCGGGGAAAGGAUUCCAGCCUAGCUUUCUCCCCGACGUGCUACUUUUCUUUUCUCCGCACAGGGAAACUUCCGUAUGGUGGAGCCCUCCACCACUUGAGCUUUCCUCCUGUGGUCUGAAGUGGUUCAGCUCAGACACUGGGAACCAGACCUUAAGA